GUUGCAGCGAUUGAAUGGCUGUGUUUAGACUUUUAAGUCGACUGACCAAGUUAGGGAUAGGUGCUAUCGCACCUACUUUAUGAAAUGAAUUUCUGAUUAUCACGUUAAGCGCACGGUCCGACCUGGAGCGAUGUGGAAUCGUGCAGGCAGCCGAAGUUCGGCUCUGGAGAGAGCAAUGGCUCAGCUCUCGGGGCGCAGAGUACCGCAAACGGGCGUUAAAUUUAAAGAUGAGGUUUGUUUAAGCUCCUUUCAGAUGAAGUCUAGCCAGGUCAGGCAAAGUGCGCUCCUGGAUUUAAGUGACUUGUCCACAGAAGACGUUGAGAGUGAUGACCAAGGUGCUAUGCAGGAACCCAAAAUGACCAAGUCCCCUCCGGACACGUUCAGCGUGGGUGGCGGGAACAGGUUCCUAAAGAAGACGGCCCAAAACGUUGCAGCAAGCAGCUCGUCUCAAGGACUGAGUCGUAAACCGCUGACUGUGCCGAAAGAACCCCUGUUAGCGCCCCAGCGAGCCUCGCAGAGUGCCGCCCACACCAGGCUCGCUCUCAUCGAGGAGAGAAUCCGAAAUCGCACACAGAGACGAAACAAGGCAGACGAGACCACCGAUACGGCAGUCCCCCGCUGGGAAUCCGCCCAGUCCACCCAGUCCAGCAGUGAGCUGAGUGGGGAUGGAAGUCGUUUUCUGAAGAAAAAAGCGAUGGCUGUGACUCAGGAGCCGAAAGACGUGAAAAGCCCCCCACCGAGCGCCCAGAAGAGCCCACCCAUCAGAACAGCGGUGAGUAAAGGAGUGAGUUUGGACAGCGAUGAAGAGGACAUGAGAAAACUCCUCGGGGAAUCUCUUGAUUCGUCUGUGGGCGACUCACCCUCCCGCAGAACAGAGAGGCAGAGAAGUCCUGCGUCCGUUUUAAAGUCCUUCAGGAAAACCAGUCAAACCCCUCAGCCGCCCCCUGACAGACCACCGUCCUCCUCCGCCAGUUCCCGGGUCCGUAGAAGCCCCGCCCACUCAGUCAGGAGCGCCUCGGCAACCCUCUCCCCGUCUCCCUCGCCUCCCACCAGCCGUUCUCCUCCUAGGACUGCUCCCUCCCGGGCCAAGUUCUCUCCACCUCCCUCUGUGUCCUCGCCCUCCAGCCGCAGCGAGAUCCACUCCUUAGACGAGCUCUUUCCCGCUCCUGCCGAUCGCUCCGUCGACCGCUCCGUCAGCGAGGCCAGCGGCUUGUCCGACGAUUUCAAAGUGAACAUUAUGUCUCUGGAUGACUUGGCUCCAUUCACACUGGGAGGGACAGAGAAAUCCAACGACAGAACUGAACCGGAUGCUGUUUUAAUACAGGGGAGUAGACUGCUGUCCCUAGAGGACUUUGCACAUGAGGUGGGUUCACCAGAGGACAAACCCGCCCUGGAGGAGACGCCAGUGGAGUACGAAAGUGACUUUGAGAGCGAGAUCCAUUCCGAGACAGCAGGGGGUGCUAGCGAGAUCUCAGAGCGUCUCACAGAAGGAGGAGACGAUGGCUCUGCGCUGAGUGAGGUGCCAGACGACAUCUCGUACAGAUCGCGGAGCGACGGCGACGGCGACCGCACGGUCUCCGAUCGAACGCGAUCGGUCAGCGCUGGCUACAGCCAAUCAGAGUCCCGGUCGCGCCGCAGCAGGGCCUCUCACUCACGAUCUUCCUCUUCCUCUUCCUCGCCCCCCUCCUGGUCCUCAGACGUCACGGUCACGCGAAGCGGGGCACGGAGGCCUUCCAGCGGCAGCAGGGUGAGGGAGGCUGCGGUCCAGACGCACGCAGAAGGCCUGAGCUACACGUGGUCCACAGGACUGGCUGCUCUUGGCCCGUCGGUGGGACUGCAGUAUGUGGAUCCGACCCCUGUGGCUACUCACGUCAUCAGCGCUGAGGCAGUCGAAGCUCUGUCUGCGUACAGUCCCGCGGCGCUGGCUCUGAACGACAUGCUGAGACAGCAGCUGGCUCUGACCCGGAGCUUCGUGGAGAGCAGCCGUCAUCUUCAUCGCUCCGUUAUGGACUCUCUGGGUCCGCCCGACUACAGAUACACCACGCUGCACGACACCAAAGAGUUUAUCCGCUGCCAUAGACCUCCUGCUCUCAGUAUGGAGGAGGCCCUGCAGGAGGUGCUACAGGAGAUGAAGGAGUAUCACUACAUCUGAAAACAACACACAAACGCACACACCAAAACUACAGUAUUCCUACACAAACGCACACACUGAAACUACAGUAUUCCUACACAACACACAUAUGUUCGCAAGAUCUUCACCCACAUCUAAACGACAGCAGG